GCGGCGGGGUCGUUGGUGCCGUUCGUGCGCUCGCGGUGUCCUCCGUUCCCGUCUCCGUUCCCGUCUCCGUUCCCGUCUCCGUUCCCGUCUCCGUUCCCGUCUCCAUUCCCGUUCCGGGUCCCUAUCCCGGUGCCCCCCCAUAGAGCGGCCCCCGCCGCUGCCCCCGGCCCCACGAUGCCGAACUUCUCCGGGACGUGGAGGAUGAAGAGCUCGGAGAACUUCGAGGAGCUGCUGAAGGCUCUGGGGGUUAACGUGAUGCUGAGGAAGAUCGCGGUGGCCGCAGCCUCCAAGCCCUCGGUGGAGAUCAGGCAGGAGGGGGAGAGCUUCUACAUCCGGACCUGGACCACGGUGAGGACCACGGAGAUCAGCUUCAGCAUCGGGCAGGAGUUCGAGGAGCAGACGGUGGACGGGCGGCCCUGCAAGAGCUUGGCCAAGUGGGCGAGUGAGAACAAGGUGGUUUGUGAGCAGCGGCUGCUCCGGGGCGAGGGGCCCCGGACAGGCUGGUCCAGGGAGCUGACCAACGAUGGGGAGCUCAUCCUGACCAUGACGGCCGACGACGUCGUCUGCACCAGGGUCUACGUGCGGGAGUGAUGCCACCACAGCAGUGUCCCCAUGUGUCCCCCCCCAAGUGUCCCUUCCACCCCCCCAUAGCCAUGGGGGGUGCAUCUUCCCAUGGGGGCACAGCAGAGCCCCUCAGAAGCCUCCUUCUCUUGCUGCAGCCAAAGCACCCGGGGGGUGGGGGGAAUUUGGGCUGAUUUUAGGCAGUUUUGGUUCAUUUGGAUGUGUUGGAUUUGGAUGCAGUUCUC